GCAGCGCCUAUGCGUGCAUGCGUGCGUGUGUACAUAUAUAAGCGGAUUCCCAAAUGUAGGCGACCGAUUGCACAUCGUGUGCGCGUCCCAGGGCGACCGGCAGCACCUUGCACUGCGCUACGGGUUAGAGGCUCAAAGAAAAAAAUAUAAAGCAAACAAAAACAGCCCGAGGAUGCGGAUCCAUCCCAGCGAGGUGAAACCAGGAAUCGAUACGAUAUUGUAGUAGACAUGAUUUCUGAAUUUGUGAGCAGCGCGGUUGCUUUUGCCCUGUACCUGAACACACUGAGCGCUGAUUUCUGUUACGAUGAUAGCCGAGCCAUUAAAACCAACCCAGAUCUACUUCCAGAAACACCGUGGGUGAAUAUCUUUUAUAAUGACUUUUGGGGAACCCUGCUCACCCAUAGUGGCAGCCACAAGUCCUACCGGCCGCUGUGUACGCUUUCCUUCCGUCUGAACUGUGCCUUCGGAGGUUUGGAACCCUGGAGUUUUCACCUUGUUAAUGUACUGUUGCACAGUGCCGUCACUGGCUUUUUCACAAACUUUUCCCGCUUGCUGUUCGGUGACGGCCAGUGGACGUUAAUCGCAGGCCUACUCUUUGCUGCACAUCCCGUCCACACCGAAGCAGUGGCAGGAAUUGUAGGACGAGCGGAUGUCGGAGCUGGGCUCUUUUUCCUCCUUUCUUUAAUGUGCUACAUUCGGCACUGUGACUGCAGGAGACGGUCGUUGUGGAGCUGGCCCUGGUUGUUUGGAAGCUUCGUGUGUGCAGCCUGCAGUAUGCUCUGGAAGGAGCAGGGUGUAACUGUCCUGGUAAUUUUGGCUGCUUUUGAUGUUUUUGUAGAUCACAGACUCAGAUUGUACCAGCUCAUCUCACUAAUUCAAAAGAGGCAGCUGGCUUCCCUUUUGAUAAGGGUGGGACUAUUGGCUAUCUGGGGUGCCAUUCUACUAGGACUUCGCCUAUACUGGAUGGGUAACAAGCCGCCAAGCUUCUCCAAUUCUGACAACCCAGCAGCAGACUCAGACAGCCUGCUUACACGCACUUUGACCUUUCAUUACUUGCCAGCAGCAAAUCUCUGGCUGCUACUGUGCCCUGACACAAUGAGUUUUGAUUGGUCGAUGGACGCUGUGCCAUUGAUAAGAACGGUUGGUGAUUGGAGGAACCUGCACACUUUAGCAUUCUUUGUCGGACUGCUGCUCCUCAUCCACACCAGCCUGAAGGGUUCUCCAAAAGACAGGGUUUGCAAUGGGAAAGCGGUGAUGAAUGGCAAACAGAAUACAAAUGGGCACAGCUGCCACUCAGCAAUGGAGCAUGGAAACAACGGACAGGGUGUUUAUUUUGUACAACAAACUGAUCAUUUUUUAAAGAAUGAUUUAAUUCAGGGUCUACCAACAGCGCAGAACAUAUUAAUUUUCUCUUUAUCACUGCUAAUAAUACCAUUCCUGCCUGCUACCAAUCUUUUCUUUUACGUCGGUUUUGUGAUCGCAGAGCGAAUCCUUUACAUUCCAAGCAUGGGAUUCUGUUUACUCGUAACUCUGGGCAUCAGGACCCUUUCUGUCAGAAUGAAGAAGAAAGUCUUAAAGCACUUGGUUUUAUAUGCAGCCAUAGCUUUGAUUAUUUUAUAUGGGUUGAAAACGAUAUCAAGGAACAGAGACUGGCACGAUGAGGAAAUGUUAUAUAGAUCAGGGAUAAAAGUGAAUCCAGCUAAAGCGUGGGGUAACCUUGGGAAUGUUCUGAAAAGCCAAGGGAAAGUUCUGGAAGCUGAAAAGGCCUAUAGAAAUGCCUUGUACUAUCGUAGCAACAUGGCUGAUAUGCUUUAUAAUUUAGGACUGCUCUUACAAGAAAAUGACCGGUUCUCGGAUGCUCUACACUACUAUAAAUUGGCCAUUGGUAGCCGACCCACCCUGGCAUCUGCCUACUUGAACACUGGGAUUAUUUUAAUGAACCAGGGUCGGUUAGAAGAAGCAAAGAGAACCUUUGUUAUAUGUGCUGAAAUUUCCGAUGAAAACCUGAAAGAUCCUCACACUCACAGAAGUUCAGUAACAAGCUGCUUAUACAACUUGGGCAAACUUCUCCAUGAACAAGGACAACAUGAGGAUGCACUGGUUGUCUAUAAGGAAGCAAUACAGAAGAUGCCAAAACAGUUUGCUCCACAGAGCUUAUACAACAUGAUGGGUGAAGCCUACAUGAGACUGAACAAGCUGGCAGAGGCUGAAUAUUGGUACUUAGAGUCUUUGCGAUCCAAGCCUGAUCAUAUCCCUGCCCACCUCACAUUUGGGAAACUUCUGGCUCUCACUGGCAGGAAAGUAGAGGCUGAGAAAUACUUUUUGCGUUCUAUCCAGCUAGAUCCAAGCAAAGGAAAUUGCUACAUGCAUUACGGUCAGUUUUUGUUGGAGGCGUCUCGCCUGGUGGAAGCUGCAGAGAUGGCAGAGAAGGCAGCCGACCUGGACAGCACUGAGUUUGAUGUUGUCUUCAAUGCUGCCCACAUGCUCAGACAAGCUGGCCUGAACAAAGCAGCUGAGAAACAUUACGGAUUGGCAGCAGGACUGCGACCCAAUUACCCUGCAGCGUUGAUGAACCUGGGUGCCAUUCUUCAUCUGAAUGGAAAACUGCGUGAGGCUGAGGCGAACUACCUCCGAGCUCUCCAGCUCAAACCUGAUGAUGCCAUUACCCAGUCGAACCUUCGCAAACUGCGCAACAUCAUGGAGAAACAAGGCUUGAAUGUGCAAAAAAGAAGAGAUGGUAAAACUUAAUCAAACUCUUGGAACAUUAAACUUGGAAGAAUUGGCAAGGAUGUGGAUGGACAUCUGUUGUUUGUGACUCUGGUGAUGCCCUUUAACACUGAAACUCCUCAGUUUCCAGUGCUUGUGGGAAGACAUCUAGUUAACAUGUGAUUCAUCUACCUGAUUUCCUGCACUUGCUGACUAAAGGCACACUAAAAAAUUUAGGAACAUCCCAACUUUCAGAAUGUGAUUUACUUAGGGUCUAACUCUUAACUCCAGCUAUGAUUCCUAUGUUCCCUUUGUAAGGGUGCAAUCUUUAGAAAACUUUAAGAUUUGGCUACUUGUCUUGCAAAGCAAUUGUUCACCUUUCUGAAGACUGGUACAUCUAAUUUGCUCGGUGUUUACUACCUUCACUGAUAAAUCAGAGCCCCUUUGGGCCAAAAGAUUGGACAAUUGUUGGCUCUGCCUUCUUCCUCGCUAUCCUUUAGCUCUUCAGGUGGAAUUGGAGAUUCUUUCCCUGACAAGGGAAAGGAAAUGUAGGAAGCUCCCAGAAACAAUGAAGAUUCAUAAAUGAGGGGGCUUCAUUUGUCUUGUUUUUGAAACUGACACCAGAUUUUAUACAAGCUUGGCCUCUCUUGUAUCUGCCUCAUCAGCAGACCGUUAGAGCACUUAGAAAAACAGAUUGGUGAACAACUAAUGCUGUUUUGAUCAAAGUAAACAUUAUCAAUUAUAUAUUUUUCAGUUGGCACACAGAAGUCCAAUACUCCUGCAGACGAGACACACACUGUCUGAUUCACAUAGCUUUUGUUUAAAUAACCAUGUGUACUUUUGCUUCAACUUAUUUAUAAACAAGUUGGAGAUAAAUAAUAGGACUUUUUUUUAUUUUCGGGAGCUGUCAACAGCUUUGCGAAUUCGGAUCAUGCACCUGCCAAGACUGAGGGACCAUAUUGAAGAGUUCUGCUUGUUGUUACUAGUAAUUUACCAGUACAACGGUGGUGGAAGAUUGAGGUCAAGUAUUCAUAGAGUGGUACCACAUCUGCAUGGUGUCCUUAUGUUCAACACAAUGCCAUGUAUGGUUCUGGAGGAUUUUACACCACUGUGUUUUAAAGUUGGUUUUUGCUAAAACAUAUCAAGGUAUUUAAUUAACUGUGGAAGUUUUAAGUUAUUCUAAUUCAAUAUGGGGCUGAUAAUGUUAAGUUUUACCCUAGUCUCGUAUAACAUUAGAAGAACCUAUUUGCUUUAGAUACAAUAAAGGCAUAUUUGUUCAUGUUUUACAGAAAUGGAAGGAAAUAGACAUGAGCCUGCAUUUAUUCUCCUUUUCUUUUGAUUUGUUUACAUCUAUCGCCUUUUGAUGCCAACUACUUUUAAAUGAUUUGUUUGCCCAUGGAACAGAUAUAUAUUUUAAUGGCUUUUAAGUCAGAACACAAAGGCAUCUUUACAUAGGAACUUGAUUCACUUAAACAGAAAAGCAGGGAUAUCUUUACUUUCUUCUUUAUUAUGUGAUUGCAUGGCAGAAAUGACUAAUUGCUCUAACUAUAUUGGCAUUGUGUUGUAGCAAUGAUUGAAUUGUGGGUUUGUCCGAGACUUAAGGGUGAAACCUAAGCCAUGCAGGAGAGACUUCCUCUCUGCCUGGUCAAUGCUUUCAGGUUCUGAGAAAUACUGAUUAAGCAUUACAUCUGCAUUGCUGCUCAGGGAUUUCGUAAAGUGGAGUAAUUCCAGACAGUGCUAAAGAGUACUGAAUGUGUUUACUAAAUUAAAAGUUUUAUUUUUUAAAAUUGUUCUAUUUGUAUAAAUUAUCCAAAUUUGUAGAAGUGUUUCCUCUUGUAAAAUGACCAUGUACAUGCCAGCGAAAUUCACAAUUUUUCCCCAA